AAAAAAUGCGUUUGUGUAAUGUGUAAUGUAAAUAUUUUUAUUUAAAACAAUUUACAAUAUUCACAUGUUAUUCAUUCUAUUAAGGUAAAAAAAUAUUUUCAUGUUCGAAAAUGCCCGCUCCAAUUCGACCUAAGGGGUCAAACAGCGGCAGCAGGACCCCGACGGUAGCUCCGAUGUCGGAACGACAACAAAUGGCAUUGCUGAUGCAGAUGACGUCGGGGAGCGAGUCGGGCUCGCGGAGCCCGAGUUCGAGCUCCUCCCGAUCGAGGGAGCGCAACGAAAGAGGUGAAACUCCAUUGCAUUUAGCUGCUAUUAAAGGGGAUCUUGAGCAAGUGUGUAAAUUGCUGGCACACCGUGCCGAUCCUAAUGUAGCUGAUUUCGCUGGCUGGACUCCGUUGCACGAGGCCUGCAAUCACGGUUGGUACGAGGUGGCCUUCCGGCUGUUGCAGUCGGGGGCCAACGUCAACGCCAGGGGCUUGGACAACGAUACGCCUCUGCACGACGCCGUGAUCAACAGCCACUUGAAAUUGGUGAAGUUGCUGGUCGAACGAGGCGCCGAUAUCUACGCCAAAAACUCGAAGGGAAAGACGCCUUUGGACGUCGCCCCCGCCAACGUCAAACCGUACUUGCUUAACGCCAAUUUACCGUUGCCGGAUUGCAGUUCGAGCUCUAGGCAAGCAUCGCGCACAUCGCGGGAUGACAAAAAAAUCUCGAACGCCGGCUCGAGCGAUUCGUCCACGUCAUCGAACGCCGGCGGCGGCGGGAGCGGUGCUGCCUCGGGCGGCGGUACGUCCUCCGGCAAGCAUUCCAAAGAGGAUUCGAUGGACCUGAAGGGCUCCGCCGGCGCGACGACGGCCUCCGGCGCGCCUGCGGGCGGCGCCGGCGGCUCCGGCAGCGCCGCUGCCGUCGACGAUGUCUACGAGUUCAAGUCUUCCAAAGAGGGGGAUUCUUCGUCGGACGAGAGAAAACCGAGCGCCGCUUCCGAUUCGAAUGAGAUGGAGGUGGACGAAGGGGAUCCGCUCAAAAUUACUCCGGCUGCUUCGCAGCCUUCCGAAGAAUGCGGCGCUAAAAGGGGAUUUUCCGAAGCUAAUGAAGCGCAAGAAGAAUCAGGCGGUGGUGCCGGCGCGACCGACGACGAAACGAGGCGUAAGAAACGCAAAGAGGAAACUGCGAGGGAAGGGAAAGGGAGCAAUCCGAGAAAUGCCGGACAGAACAAAGGUCAAGCUAAUAAGCAAUCAAGUGGAAAUCAAAGCAAAACAACCGCCUCGAGUGCUUCUAAAAAUAGCGGCGACAAGAAAAGUCCUUGCGCCAGCCCAAAGCUCUCCGGAUCCGAUCAUGAAGUUGAAGACGGCAAAUCAGAUCUAAAAGUACCUCCGCUGAAAAUCGUCAUUCCCCAAACGACCAGUAACGAGCAGGAAACGGGAGCGGGAAGGAACGGCAAAAGCAGCUCCCAGAGAUCGCAUCAAGCCCUUCCUUAUGUCGUUCCCAGUUCCUCCAACACCGAGGCCGCUGAAAAGGACGGAACAGCCGCUAUCGCGAGCCCCGAAAGUGCCACUGCAGCUAACAAAAACGACGAAAAGAAAGAAAAUAAUAGCGGCAACUCCGACGAGGUUCAAUCGAACACGGAAGUCGAUUCGACGCCUUCAUCGUCUGCUUCGACGUCGGCCGCCCUACCGCCUCCUCCGGCCCCCGUGGAAUUGCACCCGCGCAAGCGGAAAAUGAAGCAAAACAAGGAGCACCAGCCCCCGCAACACGCCGAAUCGUCCGAAUCGUCGGAGACUCAAGUUCAUCCACACGAACAGCCCAUAACGAAUUGCUACCAAUUAUUUUUAAACAUCAGAAAACAGAUUGCGAAAAGACGUCGAGGGCUCUUCCCCGUGCAGCCGAAGCCGCCGCAGGGCUUUAAAGACUAUCUAAUGAACAGAUGUACUUACGUCUUGGCAGGCACCGCUCCCACGAGCCCCAACAUUAACUACCCUCAAACGUUGCCGCAGUUGAUGAAAGACCUUUUUACCGAACAAGAAAAGGAGCGAUACAGAUUGAGAACACAACACGUCAUCGAAAAAGAGAAGCUGGUAUUGUCUGUUGAACAGGAGAUAUUGCGGGUGCACGGUAGAGCUGCGAGAGCUUUGGCUAAUCAAUCUCUACCGUUUUCUGUUUGUACGAUUUUGGGAGACGAGGAAGUGUACAAUCUUAUCACACCCGAACAGGAAGAGAAAGACAGGAACGCCAGAUGGCGAUAUAACGGUCGAUUAUUUUUAAGUUGGUUGCAAGACGUCGACGAUAAAUGGGAAAAAAUCAAGGAACACAUGUUGUUGAGGCACCACAACGAGGCCGAAUCCUUGCACGCAGUGCAAAAAAUGGACUGGGAAUGGAAACAGAAGGAUUUGAAUCUUUGCGACAGGAAGUCUACGCUUAAAAUAGACGAAACUCACGUGCCUAUGGUGCACGUUUCGGACGAUUUUGAUUUAUUGCCUGCUUAGUGUAUUUUUCUAUAUAAUUUAUUAAAGUAUUAAGUAUUA